AUGGGUAUCGGAGCCGUGGCAGAGCCCCUGGUGGUCAUCACCCUCUUGUUCGGCGGCACUUGGUUCAACCGCAACACCGGUGGCAACACCUACGACAACCUAGGAUGGAAGGGUCCCGAUAUCGACGACGUCGAGCACAAGCGGUCUGACGAGCGCCGUUCCGGCAACUCGACGCCCGACUCGGAAGAGUCUCUCCUCUCGCUCGGCGGCGCCUUCAGUUCGUCAUCGACCUUGUCGCCGCACGAGGAGCCCCCGCGCCGCACGCGCCGCAUCAAGUUCUUUGGCUACCAGCGUCUCGUCACAACACCCAACACGAGGGCACACAAGGACAGGCUCCUCAGCCGGGUGCUCCGCAAGUUCCCCUUCCUCGUGGAGGCUUGGUACUGGGCUCUCAUCUACUGGGUGUACCAGGUCGGACGGGCCUUCACCGCACUCACCCUCAACGAGGGGACGGUCGACGUCGCGCGCAAGCACGCGCUCCAGCUCAUCCACCUCGAGCAGCGGCUGCACAUCUUCAUCGAGGUGCCGGUGCAGCAGUACUUCCUCCAGCUGCCGACGGUGAUGCACUGGAUCAACCGCAUCUACUCCUUCAUCCACAUCCCCGGCACGAUCCUGUUCCUCGUCAUCCUCUACUUCGUCACCACGACCCGCAAGCGCCGCGCCCUCUCGGCCAAGCUCGGCGGCAACGAGAACGUCCGCUGGAACUCGGCCGGCCCGGCCCUGUACGAGGCCCGCCGCCGCACCAUGGCCACCUGCAACCUGCUCGCCUUCGUCGUCUUCACCCUCUGGCCCUGCAUGCCGCCCCGCCUGCUGAGCGACCCCAAGUACAACGGGCCCGACGCCGGCGAGUCCAAGAGCUUCGGCUUCGUCGACACGGUCCACAGCUCCUCGGGCGAGAGCAGCGUCUGGACGACCAACAAGUUUUGCAACCAGUAUGCUGCCAUGCCCUCGCUGCACUUUGGCUACUCCCUCCUCAUCGGCCUCACCGUCGCGACCCUGCCGAUGCCCUCGAUCCGCUCGCGCCCGUGGAAGCGCUUCGCCAUCGCCGCCAUCGGCAUGUCCUACCCGGCGCUGAUCCUGACGGCCAUCGUCGCGACCGCCAACCACUUUGUGCUCGACGCCGUCGCCGGCGCCAUCGUCUGCGGCCUCGCGUGGAACUGCAACGGCGUGCUGCUGAACCUGCUCGUCGUCGAGGACUACUUCCUCCACGUCCUGCGCCUGCACAAGCCCGUCAACUGGACCGACCCGGAGGUCUCGGCCGUCGAGAGGGAGUGGAAGCCCAGCAUGGCGCUGGGCGACGACGCCUGA